AGCCCUUCACUUACCAAUGUUAUUAUUUUCUUUGAGGAAUAGAUUUUUAGCCAUUAUUAUCGUAAGUUUUAACUGUAUGUAAAUUCUAGGCAAAUAAUUUUGCGAAUAAAAAAAUAAAUAAGAUUGGUGGUGGGCAUUGACAGAGAGUGAGACUGUUUUUUAUGUAUACUAUAUUUUAUUUUUAUUAUAGAAUUUGAUCUGAUUUGAGUGUUUUAAAAUACUCAUAAUAAAAAUGAUCUAUUACAGAGGUAAUUAUUUUAAGAUAUGUUGAAGGUAAAUGGUAUGUAACCUCAUUUUUAAAAAUGUUUGCAAUACAUAUAUUUUUUUAUCUUUAAAUUUCCUAAAAAUGUGAGGUGAAAAAGUGCAAAGAUUUUUAAAAUUGAGGUGUCUUUAAAUAGGGCUUGUUUAGUCACCAAAGAGCUGGAGAGAAAUAACUCAAAAAAACAGAUAAGGCUAAAAUAAAUUAUACAAAAAACCUAAAUCAGAACUUAGGACAGGUUGUAUUGAAAAAAGUUCUGUUCCUAUUAUUUACAAAUAAGGAUUAUGUGAUUUAUCCCUGUGCUCAGGCAAAUAAAUCCAACUCGUUGAUCUCUUUUGAACCACCGUUUGUGCCUUUUGAGAUAUAACCAUUGUUUUAAGGUUUUCUUGUCUUCUGUUUAUUAAUAUUAACUCGGACAUUCUUUGCCGGUACGGCCGUCGUGGAGAGGGGCUGGAUUCCCGUUACUGAAUGGUAUAAAGGCCGGUCGACGGAGGCGGCCCGAAGGAGAGAUGGAUCGAACCGGCCUGCAGGUCGCCGUCGCCUUGGCCCUUUUGGCACUGUGCACAGCCGCCCCCGCACAGGACGCGAUUUCCACAGCAACAUCCCCAUCCUCAUCCUCAUCCGCAUCCGUUUCUGCUGCUGAGGACGAGCUUGUCUACGACCAGCGGCAGAACGGCACGGACAACGUCCGGGUCCAGUUGAGCGGCCUCACCGUCGUCCUCGCCCCCGUGGAAGCCCUCGUAGGCUUCGAGUUUCCGGAUGGGCUUUCAAGCCCCGCCAGGUCAGCGACUCCCAACCACAAGCCUAACUUUCAGAAAAAUAAACUUGUGAACGUGUUGCUUAGUUUCCUCGGCAGCAAUCACAACGAGUAACAAGAGAUUGGAUCUGGAUCUUCAAACAUGGCUGUGCAUUGGCUUACAUGUAGUGAUUUUAGUACAAAUUAAAUUAUUUUUUAUCUCUU